AAUUCCCAGGAUUCCGUGCGGCGCCAGAAGUGAACAUGGUGUACGCUCGUUACGCAAAAAUGAUUCAAAGGUUGUGUACACUGGUCGGAGCGAUCACGUUGUGACUUCAGACGGUUUAUCAGCUCCCAAGCGUCCGACUGACAGAGGAGCCUCACCAGGUCCACCACCAUGAGCUCCUGACGCCUGCAUGUCCAUUCAUCACUAUGGGUGGUGCCGCACUGGCCGUGGUGGUCGUAGUGGUCUUCUUCCUGGCCCUGUACCUCCUCCAGCGCUAUGGGGACUUGCGGAAGCAGCAGCGGAUGGUGCUGUUCGGGACGCUGCUCUCCUGGUACCUCUGCUUCCUCAUCGUCUUCAUCCUGCCUCUCGAUGUCAGCACGACCAUCUACAGGCAGUGUGUUCUUGACAAGUCAAACCACCCAACUGUUGUGCCUCAAGCAAAACAAACCAAUCUGACAGAGGACGGCUCCUCUCUUUAUCCAUCUGUAAGUGUACCGAAGGUGUGUGAAGAGCCUUGGAGUUAUAUUCCAGAUGGUGUCCUACCAGUGUUUUGGAGAGUUGUGUACUGGACUUCUCAGUGUCUGACUUGGCUGCUGUUGCCCUUCAUGCAGUCUUAUGCUCGGUCUGGAGCGUUUUCCAGAGUUGGGAAGAUAAAAACAGCUCUAAUUGAAAAUGCAGUCUAUUAUGGCACCUACCUCCUGAUCUUCAUCUCUCUGCUCAUCUACGCGGCUGCUCACCCUGAGUGGAAACUCACCUGGGCGGACCUCCGGACCAUCGGUAUCACAGCGGCCAACACGUGGGGGCUCUUCCUUCUGGUGCUGUUGCUAGGCUACGGCCUGGUGGAGAUCCCGCGUUCUUAUUGGCUUUCGUCUUCCCAUGGUUACCUGCAGGCCAAGACUUACUUCAAAGCAGCAAAAAUGGUGACUGAGAAGGCAGAAGCUGAGGAGAACCUGGAAGAUGUUAUGAGGGAGGUGGCAGUUGUCCAUGCAGCAGUCAGGUACAACCACUCUCUCAGGAAGUGUGUGGACACUAUUUUGACAAAGUGUCCCCCUGAGUACCAAGAGGAGAUGGGGAUGACCGUGGAAAACUCUGGUGACCCUCCCACCAAAAGAGCACUGAUUAGUCUUCAUAAAAAGGUUAUCACUGCAGUGCAGAGACACUGUCAGACUCGGGUUCAGUGGUCCAUCUUGUUAGACCAGGCGCUUUACCUGGAGGAUGUAGCUAAAAGCCAGAGCAGCCCGGUGCGACACUUUGUGCACAGCUUCCCAUCAGCACACGGCCACAGCUGGAUCCGCAGGUUUUUCUACACGCCCACUGUGGAGUGGUACUGGGAGUGUGUUUUGAGACAGGGCGUCUACAGGCUGCUGGCUGCGCUCCUGUUCCUCCUCUCUGCAGCAGUGGUCUGGUCCGAGUGCACCUUCUUCAGCACACGCCCUAUCCUCUCUCUCUUCGCCAUCUUUAUUCAGAUGGCUGAAAAACAAUACAACUACAUUUACAUUGAGAUGGCGUGCUUCAUCACUAUCUUCUUCCUGUGUGUGUGCGUCUACUCCACCGUGUUCAGGAUCCGAUUUUUCAACUACUAUAUCCUGGUGCCACAUCACCAGACCGACGCCUACAGUCUGCAGUUUAGUGGCAUGUUGUUUUGUCGUCUCACUCCUCCUUUGUGCCUCAACUUUCUGGGCCUGAUUCACAUGGACUCUGCCAUCUCGCAUCAGGACAGAAUACAGACUUCCUACACUUCUAUCAUGGGCUCUAUGCGCCUGCUCUCCUUCAUAUCGGAUGGGUUCUACAUCUAUUAUCCCAUGCUGGUCUUGCUGCUGUGCUUUGCAUCUUUUUACAACCUGGGCUCUCGCUGUUUGAACCUCCUGGGCUUCCAUCAGUACAUUACUGACAAUGACUUGACAUCUGACCUCGUGGAUGAAGGCAAGGAACUCAUCAGAAGAGAGAGAAGGAAAAGACAGAAAGCUGAAGAUGGAGAAAAUCGGAGAUGGGCCUGGAGGGAGCAAUAUGGAGCCCAGGGGACAACUGGGCGGAGCAGAGCUGUUUACAAUGAUUUAGAGGACAACCAGAACAGCCCUGGGACUGAGAUCAAGAAAAGUGACUCAACUGCCCUGUGUGGAAAACCAAACAUCUGUCAUUUUAGCCAAAAGGCUCCCCGCCCACAAAAGACAGAUGAAGCUGUCACACUGUGUCAGGAUUUCACCUCCAACAGAAGAGAUGAGGAGACGACGGAGCAGCAGAGAGGUUUACUGCUGGACCACUCCAGUGAUGAAGAUUCCCCAAGCAGAAGUAGAUCUACAGGAGGACGUUACCAGUCACUGUCAACUUCCCGGACGAACAUCUUCGAUGAGGUUUGAUGAUGUGGACUGAGGACGUUAAGGAAAAGUUAAAAAGUAGCACCUGCUGAAUAUAACAAGGACUGAUUUUUUUUCUUUCCUGAAGAAAGUCUACAUGUAAAGGAUUUUAUCUCAGGAAAAAUGGAGGACACGAAUGUAUCUGGGACAUGAAGGUAUUAUGAAGUAACAAAUCACAGUAAAAACCCUGAGAAGAUUUCAUAUCUGGAGUUUAUAACUGGUUGAAGAGAUGAAUACGUGUACAGGAAUAUUCCUCAACUAAAGCUUUAACCUAUUUGUGCACAGCCAAACCUUUUUGAUAUUAACUUUUGAAGAGAUUUGUUUCAUAAGCAGAUAAAUGGAUGGAUAAGAUUCGUCCAUCCAUUCCUUUUCUACAUCCCCACGACUGAUCCUGAGAGAAAGGACAAUUCCACUCACAGUCACACCUACAGGCAAUUUAGACGAGUGGGAUUGUGGGAUGAAGCCUGAGCACCUGGAGGAAACCCCCUCAACAGGAAGUUCAUGCUGGCUGGCAGAUAUAAUUCAGAACCCAAAACGUUUUAUGCAUUUUCAAAGUUUUUUGUUCAUGGACUUUAUGUUGAGGAUCAUAAUUUUUAGACAAAUUUUUGCCAAUUACCUUUGUCCUUUGUUGGAUUAUAAAUGACCUAAAAUGUGUGCACUUUAAGUACGGUUACUGUUGGCUGAAAAAAAGAAGAGCAAAGAGCGAAUUGUGUGAAAGUAUACCUACACUGAAAAUAUUGGUUUUCAAGCAAAGACUAGAUCCUGUAGAAAUUCUAAUUGUGUCAUUGGAUUUUCAACUUUAACUCCCUCCUCGUGUCUUUCACUAUCUGUAUUUUUAUAAAAUAUAUGUUUUUUUUCAAAGUUGAAGUUAACUUAAAUGGUAUUUGAAAAAAAUAAAAAGCAAGAGGACAUUUUGUGAA